CGAGCUUGUUGAAGUGGAAUGUGUUUAAGACCCUGAGCCGGGCUGAGCCGAGCCGAGCCGAGCGGGAACAACACGUCUGUGGACCAGAAAGAGAAGAACUGGCUGUCAGCUCGCAUAAGAAGAGGAAAACUUGUGUUUAAAAAGGAAAAAAAAAAAAAAAAGCGUGAUUGUAGCCUAUGUAAUUUUUAUCCUCAUGUGACUGUGUAUUUUAUGUCCUGCAAAACUUGCAAAUCAGAGGUGAUAUUUGUAGAAAGGGAAGGGGCGAUGGGUGAGUCCAGGGGCUUCUCUACGGACCGGAACAUCCUCUGCUUGUUUGAUGUGGACGGGACUCUGACACCACCCAGAGAGAAAAUUGACCCACAGCUAGAUGAGUUCUUCCAAACCCUGCGGAGAAAAGUGAAAAUUGGCAUUGUGGGAGGGUCAGACUACUCCAAGAUAGCAGAACAACUCGGGGAGGGAGAUGAUGUGAUCCACAAGUUUGACUAUGUGUUUGCUGAAAAUGGGACAGUGCAGUACAAGGAUGGGAAACUCCUCUCAAAACAUGCUAUUCAGAACCAAAUCGGUGAGGAGCUGCUGCAGGACCUGAUCAACUUUUGCCUCAGCUACAUGGGACUCAUCAAGCUGCCAAAGAAAAGGGGAACAUUCAUUGAGUUCAGAAAUGGCAUGCUCAACAUCUCUCCAAUUGGCCGGAGCUGCACACUGGAAGAGCGAAUUGAAUUCUCUGAAAUUGAUAAGAGGGAAAAGAUCAGGGAGAAAUUUGUCGCUGCCCUUAAAGAGGAGUUUGCUGGGAAGGGACUACGAUUCACUAAAGGUGGUCUCAUCAGCUUUGACAUUUUUCCUGAGGGCUGGGACAAAAGACUGUGUCUGGAGCUGCUGGAGAGUGAGGGUCUGGACGCCAUCUACUUCUUUGGCAAUGAGACAUCAGAUGGAGGAAACGACUACGAAAUUUUCAAUGACCCUCGGACGAUUGGUUUCACGGUAUAUUCCCCAGAAGACACAGCGAGGCUCUGUCGAGAACUCUUCUUUGAUGCUCCACCACACGAGUCCUGAUGUUACAGAUUGACUCCUAUACCAAGUCCCUUUAACCUCAGACUCCGUCACAUCGGUCACUGAAGGCGCGACAACCUGCACCUUGAGCCUAUGCUUUCAGUGAACUGCUGAAAGGUACUACUACUGAUGUAUUAAUGUGGUCACUCUAAAGAGGAAGGGACAACAGUAGGGUGAUAGGAUAUUUGUAAAGUAAAACCCACUGCUUUUUUUUUUUUUUUUUGUAAAAAGGGACAAUAAAUGAAAAGGUGUUAGAUGAUCUGUGUUCAAGAGUUUCUUGAACUCAAGAUUUGUUUGCCUGCAGUGUCACUACUGUGUUUAAAGAUAACCAAAAUAAUAAUAAUUUUGAGGAAACUUGAGGGAUUAUUAAAGAUCCUGCAUUAUAUUAAGAGAUGUAAACGCUUUUGUUUUGCACUAAUGUUAACAUAAUUUUUUGUGAGGACUGCUGAAGGAGAUGAGUGAGAGAGAGUAGUUCAUUCAUUUAUGAAUUACUUUAUUUGAAUUAUUAGUAAUAUUUAAGGCACACAAGCUGUUGCUUGUUGUUUUUAGGAGCCCAUUUUGAGAUUGGGAUGAAUGAAGCAUUAAAGCAUAAUGAAUCAUUCCAAGUAUUGCAAUGUUUUUACCGCGCUCUGAGAUGGAUGGAAUUUACUGACGGUUUUAUUGUGUGAUUUCUUGAAUGUGUAAUGUCUGUUUUAAGUUCAUUACACUGCUGGAAAUGAAAGGAAACUCUUGCUCACUCUGCUUGUUUAUGCUUAAGUCCUUUUUAAUGUAAAAAAAGUGAAGUUUUUUUAUUUACGUCUAAAAUACAUCCAUCUCCAUCUCUGGCACAGUGAAAUCGUUUUAACCAGUGGAUUAAGCUACUGUGGCCAAGUCACUUUACAAACUUAACAGUUAGAAUAACACUAUCUGUUGUAAAGCUGGCAUAUACUAGCUAAUGUGUAAAUACUCAUUACUUGACUCCAUGAUGCUGAGCUUUUAAAAUCAUGUAGAUGUUUUUAAAAUCAUUUUUAAAAAUAUGUCAGCCAUGUUGAUUCUUGUACCUUUUCAUUGUUUAAAAAAAAAUGCCUGCUUUACAGACUAUAAUUGUACAAAAAAACAAAAACAAAAAAAGCAUGGCUGCAAUCUCAUGUCUGACUGGAAACACUCCUCCUAACUCUGAGGCUGCAGAAUUCAUGUGAACUUAAGGGAGAGAGAACUGGCAGUGAAUGUGUCCUGAGUGUAAUUGCACAUGGUCAUGUUUUUCAGUCUUGUAUGAUUAAAAUAUUAUAUUUUGUUUCCAUUCAUUGUAAUAAAGCUUUUGAUAUCAUAUUACUGA